AUGUAUCAGGUGGACUGGAAGCCCAAGGAGGUGUUCUUUAAGUUCCGCCAGCGCUUCAUGCAGUACAAGCUCGGGGCCAACGUGGAGCUCAGGCGCAGGCUGGAUCCCCCACAGCUUUCGACUACCUCCCUUUCUCCGAAGGCCCCUGUUGCGCCCAAGCACAACCCGCUGUCGCUGUGGGGUUUCCAGGUGAACAGCGCGAACCUGAAGUUGGUCUUAAAGCCCAACAUCACGGAUCGGAAGUGGAAGGUGAUUUUUGAGCCACAGCGGGGGGACAUCCGCUUCCUCACCCGCAAGAUUCCCAUCAUGGGGCUGCUCAACCUACAGGUGGGCAUUGGGCAUGACUUCAAGCACAACGCAACAGGGUGGAAAUGGAAACUCACCUCCGCGCUGAAUGGGAACACGCCCUCGGAGAUUCGUUAUAAGCACAACCUGCCUGUGUGCCCGGGCGUGGAUGUGCGCGUGGGGUGGAAUGCAGAAUAUGUGCUGCCAGACAUGCAUGGAGCCUUGGGCACAGGGGAACCUAUUCUGGGGCUGAAUGUGGGGCGGCUGUACGCGUCAGUGGAGAGACUAGAAGCCAUCUUCACCUCCAUUGACUGA